AUGAGUUCCAGUACGUUGCCAAAACCUCAGAUGCAUGGUCUUCUGGCCAAGCACCUUCGGAUUCACAUUGUUGGCGCAUUUGUUAUGGCCCUGGGAGUUGCCGAUUCCUAUAAGUUUGGCGUGGCUGAACCUAGAAAGAAGGCAUAUGCAGAUUUCUACAGGCAUUAUGACUCCAUGAAAGACUUUGAAGAGAUGGGGAGGGCUGGUAUCUUCCAGAGUGCGAAGUGACUUCAGAAUGUACAGAAUUCU